CAUCUACCUGCAGGGGUGCUGUACUACUAUUUUCAGGGGUCUGUGGGGAACAUAGCCCCUGACCAUGGAAUUGUUGGGGAAUCAUCCCAGCCCAUAGGGGAGACCUUAAGGCCCGUGUGGGGGCGGAUGGAUAAGUGCUACCCUGUGACCGCUCAGAGACGCAGAGUCAAGCGUGGGAAGAAGCAAGGCUUCGAGGUAAGUGAGGCUGUCCUGGAAGGCCCAGGCCGGGCUCUCGCCGGUCAGACUCAGCUCAUGGCACCUCGAGUCCCAGGGAGAGUGGCAGGGCGCCUCCCGGAGACUCACAGCCCUACCGCAGCUCGAGCUGAGAAAGGAGGGACUUCUCUGGAAAAACAAAGACCUACACACAGUCCAAGCGUGGGGAACAGGGAAAUGACCAGGGGAUCAGAGGGCCUUUCUGCUCGUAUUCUCCCCUCUCGACCCUCCCAGCAGGCCACGACCCCUGCGGCAGCGGGAGGACUGAAUGCUGCUGCCCCCAAGGAGGAGACUGGCAUUUUGGCCCAGGCCGAGGGGGAGGAAGCCACCAGCCCCAUUCCUGCUGGGAAGGAGGUGGCCGAGGAGGUGGCGGUGGCAGGGACCUCAGGCUGGGAGGAAAAUAAAAAGGUCCCAAAGGAGACUGCUGCCUACACCUCCGAGGCUUCUGAGGUGGAUGUCAAGGAGGAAAGGCCUGGAGGCUGGGUCCCCCAGCUCCUGAGGACGCUCUGGCCAGGCUGGUUCCCAGCCUCUGAGAUCCCCAAGACUCAGAACCAUGAAUGACGAUGCAUCCAAUAAAUCCGCAGUUGCUGCCUCUGCAGGCCUGGUUGCCUCCUUUCAGGGCCUCGAGCUUCCCCAAACCCAGGGUGGCUCCAUCCACACUCCCUGUCCCCACAAGCUGCAGGAACACCCCUCCUGCCACUAAGCCCUGACAUCACAGUGGAUAGGCUGGAGGCUAACAGGGGCCCUGACUGGCCUUUUGACUCAAUGCCAAGGGACAGACCACGUUCCCUGAGUGCUGGGAGCUGGGGCCCUCUCCGUCAUGAAGGCAGAAGCGGCCUGGUUGAGAGGGUGCUUCUGGCCUGAG